AUCUGCAGGCAUGCAUGCAUCCCCGACGACCCUAGCCUCCUCCCUAGCUCAGGCCUCAUCCUCUUCGUCUGAUACUAGUAAUCUAUAGAGAGUGAUUCUCAGCAUCAUAUCGUCAGCCAUGGGCCGCGUGAAGCUGCAGAUCAAGAGGAUCGAGAACAACACCAACCGGCAGGUGACCUUCUCCAAGCGCCGCAAUGGCCUCAUCAAGAAGGCCUACGAGCUCUCCGUCCUGUGCGACAUCGACAUCGCGCUCAUCAUGUUCUCGCCCUCCAAUCGCCUCAGCCACUUCUCCGGCAGGCGCAGGAUCGAGGACGUGAUCACUAGAUACAUCAAUCUCCCGGAGCACGAGAGAGGAGGAGGAGGAGGAGGAGUCGUUCGGAAUAGAGAGUAUCUGAUGAACAUGCUUACGCAACUCAAACGCGAGGGUGACAUUGCCGAACAGCUCACACCACCCAAUAAAGGUCCAGCGAACUCCAACAUAGAGGAUCUUCAGCACGAGAUUAGAAAUUACAGACAUCAGGUCGAAGAGUUGGAGAAGCAAAUUAGGAUGUUCGAGCCAGAUCCGGCGGUGUUGGUGUUGACGAAUGAAGCCGAGACGUGCGAGAAAUUCCUCAUGGACACACUCACCCGUGUCGAGGAGCGUAUGAAAUAUCUGUCGUGCAACCAGCUGGGCCCGUUCGAACCGUCACCCACCGACAUACACGACGUAUUCGGUGUGUCGCAGCAGCAGCAGCAGCAGGGGGACCUGAGCGCAUUCGGGGCCGGCGACGUAGUAUCGUAUUUCGCUGGCGGAAUGGCGGCGUCGGACAUCUUCUCCGGUGUUGGCCCGAUGUCGUCUUUCAGCGAGCAGACGAUUUUCGACUCGAUGCGGCCGGACCCGGCCGUCAUGGCUGGACUGGACCCGGGAAUAGCCACGAUCUGCACCGUCGACCAGCAGCCUCCCAGUCUCAACUGGGAGGACGCGUACGCGUCUGCGGGGCUCCUCUCCGCGCUCAUUCCGUCCACGCCCUUCCCCCUCGAUGAAGACCAGCAGAUACAGGACGCCAUGGCGCCGGUGCUCACGUCUCCGAUGGUGCCGCCGCCGCCGCAUCACGUGCACGAGGAAGUGGAGGCGCCGGAAAGCUGCUCCAACGUGUCGACGGACGGGGACCGCGCCGCUACAACCGCCCCCGCCGCCGUCGGUCAAGAGCACGGGCUGCCCAGUGCGGUCGUCGACUAGCUAGCUGCAUCUGCUUGUCCGCAGACUGUUUUGCAGCAUCACUUCUUUACCCAGCAUAGCAGUUGGAAAGCCUACAGCUAGCCAACUAGCUAGACAGCCAAGGAUGGAUUAUACCUCUUCCUCUAAAAGAAUUAAUGCUUCAAAUUCUCCUUA